ACGAAUUAUUUAUUAUGCACAAAUCUUGACUGCAAUCAUUGUGAAAUGACAUUAGAUUGGUAAAAAAGGAAAAUAUUCAAUCUUAGAAUUAUGGAUCUAAAUGCGUAUCAAACUGAAAAAUGGUUAAGAAAAAGAAAACUCACUUUUAUUGCAUUUUCAAUCCAAAUGGUUAUUAUUAGAAUUGAAUACACACUUACUCUUUUAACGUUAUGGUUGUACAUUAAAGAAAUGAUAAAGACAAGCUCCCCGAAAUUACUGUAUAGUAUUGUUUCUGUUUCUUACAUGUUAGCAUCGACUAUUGUGAUGCCAUUCAUAGGAAGAAUAGUCGAUAAGUAUCGAAAUGUAAAAAGCUGUUUUUUGUUGUGCAAUUUGUUAAUGCUUACGGGAAAUGUACUAUACAGUAUUCCUUUUUCACCAGUUUUUUUAGUUGCAGGAAGGAUCAUUGCCGGCUUUGGUGGGUCGUUAAAAUCUGUAAUAUUUAGCGAAACAAUACGAGGUUAUCCGGCUUCUGAAACAAGUUCAAAACUAUCAGUUUUAUCAAUAAUGUAUAAUAUAGAAUGCGUGGUUGGCCCAGGAAUUAAUUUUUUUUUUAAAGAUAUGAGCUUUUUUAUUGGACGUUGGCAUUUAUUAGACGUAAACUUUCCUGGGCUUUUUAUGGGCUUUAUAUGUAUUGCUAUGGAAAUUUUUACAUUAACAAUGGUGCACAACCUAUCAAAGGAAUUUGAUUACAAAGCUUUAUCGGAAAAUAAUAAGGCAACUGAUACUGUGGAAAACGUUAUUUGUGAUAAAUACAUGGAAAACGUUGAAAUUAUACCAGUAGGAAGUUAUAAUAAUGAGAGUAACUUUACAGGCGUCAGCGAUGAAAAAAGCAAUUACGCAGAGGAUGACGAUGAAAAAAGCAAUUAUGCUGACGAUACCGAAGUACUUUUACCAUUUGGUUCAAAGAAACAUACCGUUUUUAAAAUACUAAAAGUGUUGUUUUUGCAUAUUGAUUCUGCGCUUAUUUUGUUUUCUAAUUUUGUUAUAGGCUUAUUUUUUAUAUCCACGGAUAUAUGGCUGCCUUUGUUAGUUAUAGAGAAAAUGCAUUUAUCAAUAUUAGAAAUGAACAUUUGUUUUUUUGGAUUGAGCGGAGUAUGUACUCUCUUGUUGAUUCGUUUUAUUUGGAAACCUAUGUCACAUAAUAGCCUAAUAAUAUUGUUGAUUAUCAGUUUAGUUGGUUACAGUAGUGUAAGCGCAGGAUUUAUAGUUCUGUCAUACAUUCCAUUCAACAAAGUGUUAAACGUCGUCAUAGGCAUCAUUUUUAUGGUAAGUUUUGGAGGUGCUCCUAUACUUAAUGACGUUUUUUUUGUCAAUACGUUAUCCAAAAUGGUAAAAUCAAACAAUUUAACAUUUGUUGACAGUAUUCGAUAUUCUAUGUUCUCCGCAGGAGCUUUUUUAGGUUUUACUUUUGCUCCAUUUAUGUUCGACUAUGUUGUAAUCUUUGGAACACUGUUUAUCCUUGCUAUGAUCAUUAUCGGGAUUAUGUUCAUUGUACGACACAAACAUUUUGUUAAUCCGAAGCUUUUGUUCUAACUUUUGAUUUAAAAAUUUUAAAAUAUACGAAUUAACAAUUAUACAAAAAUCUUGACUGCACAAAUUGUGAAUAGACUUAGAGAUCGGUAAAAAAGGAUUAUAUUCACUUUUAAAAUAUUUGAUAAAAAAAACGUAGUUUUAGAGCAUUUCAUUUAUCUUGGAAACCAUUUUAAAAAUGAAAACUUUUAACAAAAAAGUUUUUUUAUAUAUUCAAUAUAAAGCACAAUAUUUUUAUUUGAAUAAUUUUG